AUGCUCAAAACGUUAUUUUACUCCCUCGCCUGGCUUGCCACAUUGGCAUCGGCCGUUGUAAAUCCCAGCCCGGCCGUCGGCAUUGAACAGCGGGCAUUGACAACGACGACUGUGGUUAAAUGGACCACUACCACGGUAACGGUGAAUCCGUCUGACCCAACCGUUUGGGUGACGUUGGCUACAACAUGGACAUGGCCUUCCACCACAACAACCACAAAGACAACGGGAUGCAUAACUGUUUCGUACAUUUACCCCCCGGAGGACCCAACACCAACACCCAGUACUACUAGUGGCGAUGCCACAACGACUACGGUGCUCAGGACAGUCACGUCGAAGACGACAGUCACAGAGACCCGCACCGAUGUCCCGCUUACCACGAGGUAUUCAGGGACAGUCGCGACGGUGAGCAUGACAACCGACUUGACAGAGUACUCCACCAAGUGCACAAACACGGCAGUGUUGUCCUUUUACAUCGGGACGACCUACACGUCGACAUACACUCAAGCCGCCACCCGUAGCAGAAUAACCGAGACCGCGGUCUGUAUGAUAACCACCACACGAUGGUUGCCGCAAACCAACGUGACGUUGCUGCCUUCGUUUACAACACCUUACUGGGACCCUGAUUACUACACCAACGGAACUAUUCUCACGGUCACCGAGCCAAUCUCAAGGACCACUUAUGUCACCGUCACCACGGACGCGGUGACGUCAACCUCGGUGAUUUGCGAUAACCCGAGCACGGUGAUAACAUCCACCUACUUCACAGUAACCAAGACGGCAGCGACUACCACAGUCCAGCCCACGGGUUGCGAUGGCGUCUCCGAAAUCCCCACCACACCAACCGAAACGCCUGUAGCAUCAGCGGGGCUGAGACGGAGAGGUGUAAGGUUGAGGCACGCAGGGGGUGCUGGUAGUGAAGUCCGCAGACAGGCUGAAGACCCGGUGGGGACGCGGACCGUUGUGUUCACAACGACGGGGGUGCUAACCAACGGCACCACCGCGACCGUCACUCGGACGGGUAUCGUCGAGACCUACACCCAGACCCUUACCACCAUCGUCAUGGUUGGCGAGACGAUCAGCGCAACGGCGACCAAGUACCUUUCCGAGUGCUCCUCGGCAGCGGCAACAAGCGGUUGA